AUGGCUUCCAGUUUGGGUAUCUUUUUCGAGGAAUAUAACUUUAAUAAGGCCAAGCGAUGGCUAGUCGAGACCGAACCCUUUCUUCUGAAGGCUGUCGCCUUCUAUGUGAUCGGGAUCUGGACGAUUAAAUGGAUUCAAAGUUCUCGGAAACCUUUUGAUUUGAAAGUCCCUCUGAUCUUAUGGAAUGCGAUUCUGGCCACCUUCAGUAUCCUCGGAGUUAUCUACACAACCCCCACUUGGAUCAGAGUUAUCAGCAAACAUGGAAUCUCGCGUGAGUUUAGUAUAAUUUUCAAAACAAAGUCAGACAAAAACCCAAAGUAUUAAAUUGUUUUUAGACACCUACACUCAUGUCAGUGAGAUGUAUACGGACAAAGUUGCUGGCUAUUGGACCUUCUUGUGGGUAGUCUCCAAGAUCCCCGAAUUUGUGGACACCUUCUUCAUCGUCCUCAGAAAGAAGCCCUUGAUGUUCAUGCAUUGGUAUCAUCAUGCUUUUACUGGAUACUUUGCUUUUGUGACCUUCUACUCGGAGAAUGCCUACAUGAUCUGGGUUGUUUGGCUCAAUUAUAUCAUCCAUUCUGCCAUGUAUACGUACUAUGGCCUUCGUGCUUGUCAGAUCCGUGUUCCCCCUCAAGUUGCUCAGAUAAUUACCUCUGCUCAGAUCGUCCAAUUCCUGAUUACUCAUCUAGUUAUGGCAUUGACUGCCUAUUCAGCCUGGGUGGUGGGAGAUAAGGUGGCUGUGACUCCAUAUGGAUUCUUUGUGGGUGCUUUCAUGGAAGUCACCUAUCUUCUCUUGUGGUUCCAGUUUUACUACGUCUCUUACAUCAGGACCGGAGGCAAGAAGUAUGUUCAGCAUCAAGAAAAAAUCAACAAAUCUCAGUAA